AGGUACACUGUGAUAUUAGAUGAGGUGAAGAAAAGAAGGAAUUGCUAUUCUGACGCUGCCACUUCUACCCUACCCUACUCUACUUCUACUUCUAAUCUACUUCUACGCUGCUACUUAGUCUGGUGACAUGUGAUGAUAGUGAGGAGUGUGCUGCUACUUUCCCUUCUCUUCACAGUUUCUUUCUCUUACUUGGGCUUGAGACGCAGACGAAGCUCAUGUGACUCAGUGACGGGAGGGUGGAGUGGGUGGUCGGUGUGGGGGAAGUGCACGUGCACUAACAACAUCCCCUCCAAGGCCCGGUACAGAUACUGCACUAACCCGGCCCCUACGUGCGGGGGCCGGGUGUGUUAUGGGGAGAGUGGGGACACUACGAGUUGUUUAGAUCUAGCUGUUCAAGGAGGAUGGGGUGUCUGGGGAAGAUGGAGUAGCUGUUUGUGUGAUGUAGAGGGUGAAGUGAAGACAAAGGAGAGGCUGUGUGAUAAUCCAACUCCUAAAUGUGGGGGCAGCACAUGUGAAGGAGAAGCGACAUACUCCGAGACGUGUGCUAUAGACGGAGGCUGGACCGGUUGGGGGAACUGGAACACGUGUGAGUGUGAUCACGUGACGGGAACAGGGACUAGAAGUAGAACUAGAUCUUGUACUGAUCCUGUACCUUCUUGCUUGGGGAGGGAAUGUGACGGUGAGAGUGUAGAGUACACACCAUGCGACGAUCAGUGCUGUAAAACAGAGGAUGGUGGUUUAACUGACUGGGGAGAUUGGAGCACGUGUGAGUGUGAUCACGUGACAGGUACAGGAACUAGAAGUAGGACUAGAUCUUGUACUGAACCUGUGCCUUCUUGCUUUGGGAGGAGUUGUGACGAAAAUACGCUAGAUACCGGGUCCUGCAAUGAUGGAUGUUGCAUAACAGAAGAUGGGAACUGGUCAGUGUGGGAUGAGUGGUCAGAAGACUGUGAGUGUGAUCACGUGACUGGAGAAGGAAAUUACCGUCGGUCCAGGACUUGCUCCGACCCUUCUCCAUUUUGCAACGGACGGGAGUGUGUUGGAGAUUCUGAAGAAGUCAAAGUCUGCUCUGAAGACUGCUGUAAGCUGGAGGAUGGGAGCUGGUCGGAGUGGGGAGAAUGGACCACUGAGUGUGAAUGUGAUCACGUGACAGGGACAGGACAUUACACCAGAACCAGGACAUGCUCUGAUCCACCACCCGCUUGUGGCGGCCUAUCUUGUGAAGGCAGCUCAGAAGAGACUACAGAUUGUUCAGAGAGCUCAUGUUGUAAAACAGAGGAUGGUGGUUUAACUGAAUGGGAAAGUUGGGGCACUUGUAAUUGUGAUUUCAGCACAGGCGAUGGCACCAGGAACAGGACUAGAUCUUGCAGUGACCCUGUACCUGCUUGCUUUGGAAGCCAGUGUGACGAGGAGGAACUCGAAACUGGGGCCUGUCACGAAUAUUGCUGUAAAACAGUGGAUGGUGGUUUAACUGUUUGGGGGGAUUGGAGCACAUGUGAGUGUGAUCACAGUACAGGAACAGGAACUAGAAGUAGAACUAGAUCUUGUACCAACCCUUCACCAUCUUGCCUCGGAAGGCAGUGUGAAGGAGAUUUCGUGACAAUAGGAAUUUGUAACGACCAAUGUUGUAGAACAAUAAACGGUGGUUUUACUGUAUGGGGAGAUUGGAGCACGUGUGAGUGUGAUGACGUGACAGGAACAGGGACUAGAAGUAGAACUAGAUCUUGUACCGACCCUUUACCUUCUUGCUUUGGGAGUGAUUGUAUAGGGGAGUUAGACGAGAUAUCGUCAUGUGACGACAGUUGUGGUACGGAACCAAGUGAAAUAAGAGAGGAAGUGUGUGACCCAUUACUCUGCGAGAAAGACAUUACCUGUAAUCUAGAUGAGUGCUAUGUUGACGUAGAUGGUUCCAUCUCUGCUAUAAUUGGAAAGGUGUGUGAUCUGGAUGAUAUCAAGGUAGCAGGAUUCUGUCUCAGUCUAUAUGUUGUGGUUAUCAUUGGUGCUGUUCUAGUGUUAUUAGCUAUCCUUGCUAUAGGGACUUUUAUCUACCGAAGAAGAAGGAGUAAAGAGGUCCCCUAUGUUAUUGAAAACGUGCAUCGCACGGAGACCGAGGAUUUUGAUGAAGGAGCAUUAACCCUUUCUGAUACUGAUGUUAGGUACCGGGCACCCUGUUGUGAAGCUGAUGAUGGAGAUUAUCAAAUCUUUACAAAUGAGUUUGCUCUCGGAAACGACGGUAACGACUACAUAGAAAGACAGGAGAUACCAACAGCAGAAAGAGUACCCGCAACAGCAGAAAGACCUGUCUCCACUUACGUUACUGCAUACGAUACUGUUAACCCGGCCGAGAACAAUACUCAAUACGAAAAUAAACCAGAAGUCAGUUCUUCUAAUGAAAACGAAGCUGGACCAAGCUCUUCAUCUUACGAGAAUAAUAUUGGGCCAAAUAUUUCAUCGUAUGAAAAUCAGGCAAAGCCAAGUACUUCGUCAACGUACGAAAAUCAACCAAGCACUUCUUCAACGUACGAAAAUCAACAAAGUACUUCGUCAUACGAGAAUCAGAGCAGUGUCCAUAUAAAGGACGAUAUUAAAUACGAGAAUCAGAAAGAGUCACCAUUGUCAGCUUCAGCUAUCGAAAAUGACGAUAAUUCAAUCUUUACCCCCUACGAGGAUAUGGCACUUCGCUCUCACCAGGUAGCAAAGGAUCCAGUAUCAGAAGAAGAACAUCACUACGCAGAGAUCAAACCUAAAAACCAGGUAGCAAAAGAUCCAAUAGCAGAAAAAGAACACCACUACGCAGAGAUCAAACCUACAAACCAGGCAGCAGAAGAUCCAGUACCAGAAGAAGAACACCACUACGCAGAACAAGAAGAACACUACGCAGAGGUCCGAGGUAGUGUGGGGGUUUACAGCUACGCUGGAACCACAAACAACCCUACCAGUAACACUACUACAAGUAACAGCUGGGUUGAGAGGGAUGAGGAGCUGGAUAAGAAGUUGGAAGAGGGUCUCGAGGUGUCUUGUAGUACAGAAUACGUGGAUGACGACCACAUUUACUUCAACCCGGAUUUUGAUAGAAUUUGAAAGGAAAUCAAAGCAGUGAAACAAAAAGACCCUGAUCAGUAAUAAUGCGUUAUGUGAACACGAUCAAACAAUAAACAUGUAUAUUGCCAGACAAUUGGAUUGAUUGCAUUGUGUAGGAAUUCCUGCAAGUUCUUAUUUUUAACGAGUGUAUUAAUUGAAGUUUUGUUGAAAAAUUACAGUUUGGUCAGAGAGAUUUGUCAGCCGAGUAUCUCAUUCAUGUUGACAUAUUUGUGCCUCGUGGACAAACUUUUUCAGCAAUGAAACAAUAAGUUUUCAAUGAAGAAAUCUCAUAUAAUCAUGACAAUGGAAGAAUGCGUUAUUGAUGACAAAGAGACAAGCAAAAAAAACAUUAACAUUAAGAGUUUGAAUAAUUUUAUAACUUUAUGACGUUUUUACUAAUUGUUUGAAUAUCAAUUUAAUAAUGAGUUUAUUUUCUUUGCUGCAUU